UAAUAUUCAGCAAAAGUUAUGGCAAGAAGUAAUUGAUAUUGAUUUAUCAUAAGAACAUGUGGAUUUUUGUAUUAUGGUUCACUGCAACAGCUGCCAUCCUCGGAUCAGCAACUGGAGUGAUAACAUGGACAGAAGAUCAAAACACGCUGAGCGUUGCUAAAACAACCAAUAUUGACAGUCUUGUUACAGGGUCUCAGCUUAACGUCAGGGCCCAAUUUAACAGUUCUAAAGAGGGAGUGAUAAAGUUCUUGACUGAAGCUGAUUUAACAGCUUUCUACUUAGCUGUAGCUACAGAUGGUCUCACUGUUACUUGUGGAAAUGACAGAACCAAGUUUACAAAAAAUCUGAGAUCACCGCUAAAAGAGGGUGAGAGUUACGAAUACCAAGUGGAUAUUACAAAUGAGGGAUACUCGACUACUUUCCAGAGAGAAAAGUUGCCGGUCACUCUCUACGCUAAGUCCGACUGGCAGUGUAUGCACGUGGAUACAGACUUUGGAGGAUACGAUAUACACGAGGGGAACUCUUCUGGAAUCGCGGACUGUUAUAACAGGUGUCUAAAUAUGACAAAUUGUGAAGCUUUCGCGAUCGUUUACAAAGGGAGUAUUAGUUUGAAACAAGUCAACUGGUGCUGGUGUAAGAGUCGGAAGUAUGGUAGAGGAGCAACCCGUUUGGUAAACAUUAAAGCCGCUAAUAUGGACUGCUUCAUAGAUAACACAGAUGUAAAGAAGUUGCAAGGAUCUGGAGCUGUUUUUAACGAACUUACACUGGGAAUAUUACAAGGAAGAAACAACGUUGAAUGUGACAGAUUGGCAUGUGACGAGACCAAUGAAUGUGAACCUGAUAAACUGAUCAAAACUCAGGAUCAAUGCUGCCCAGUCUGUAACACAACAAAGAACGGAACAUGUGUAACAGUAGCUGGCAACACGCUCUGCAAUGUUACGGUUGCGUGGACACCACGUGUGAGUGAGACAGGAGCAAUAUUUGCUAUGAUAGUACCUGUCCUAUUCACUGUGGUAAUGUUUGUGUUGUAUCUUGUUAUUAGAAUUAAAUUAGGUUAUAAAACCCCUGGACAGAUAUUAAGGACACGUACAGGAGAAACACUGAUCUAUUGUACGCUAAGAAACAUUUAGGGAGUGCCCAGUAUGGGAAGAUUAAAAGAGAGUUACUUGUGACAGAACUUAAAGUGAAGUUUUUAAACAAAAAAGAGACAGAUUACAAAGAUAUAGAAGAUAAUUUAUUGAAAGAGGAAAUAAUUAUACUUAAAAAGAAGGAAUCAAAACAAUACAGUAAGUUUUACAUUAACGGUGAAGUAGCUAAUUUAUUUAAAGAGGAAAUAAUAAGUAUUAAGGAGAUAAAAGUAACAAAAGGUGAUGUUAAAGGAUUUAUAAAACGUAGGCAGAUCCUCGGAUGUAUAACUUUACCAUUACGUUGUGCACAUAAACUUUUAAUUUCACAACUUAUUAUUUUACCAAUAAUUGCUAUUUUAUGGGAUAUGGUGGACGUUUUGUUUGACACGUAUUAUUUUUAUAAACUAGAGCGUGGUGAGUUAAUAGAUCCCUUAAUUUACAGAAAUACUCACGUUAAUAAUAGUAUAUUAGGAUUUGCAUGUUUAGGUGCUAUUAAAAGUGUGAUAGUUGCUCUCUGUUAUCUUGUUAUUGUGCAGAAUAACAAGAAUGAGAGGAGGAACACAACGAGGUGGUGUUAUUUACAUUGUUAGCUGUAUCUGUUAAAUUAUUGUUAGAAGAUGCACCUGAGUUAAUAUUAGAAUACUUUUUUGUAGAUAAAUUUAUUAUUAAUAACCCUCCUUGGUUUCUGGUAGCCAAGGACGUUGUGACUGCACUAAUUUAUAUUUUACCGGUUAUAGGGAUAUUAAAGUCAGGUUUUAAUGAUUUUAAGUUAAUUAAGGAGAAAGAAGGCAGUUUGGAGGCAUAUUUACUUUACAUUCCAGCAACACUAGCAAGAGGAUGUAUGAGUUUUGCUAUGAUAUUUAGAAUAGUUGGAAUGAUUAUCCAGUACAUGGGUAGUACUGUUAAUGCAGAGUGUUUUGUUGUAUUCGAUAAUGCGUUACAACAGACACCUUUCGCAUUGGGUUGUUUAAACUGGUGCGAUUAUACAGUACUGGUUCUUACUUGUUUAACUUUAUUAUCGUCAAUACCACCAGUUAUCUUCUUUAUCUAUUUGAUCGUGAAAUUAUUUAUUUAGUAUUUACAUUGAUUGAUAAUUCUGUUCACGCCAAUA